AUGCGCGUAGGUAACGCACAAGAACUGGACAUUCAAUUAUCGUCUGCUCGCUGUAUCAAAUCAACCCAGGCUCAAACUGAUUUCUGUGGGCCCAGACAAAAGGUAAAUCUACGAAAGGAGAGCGGCAACGAUGAACGUCGUAAUAAGGCCUGGCGAUAUAGUAGAUCUGCCGCGCUGCAAGCAAUAGAAGUGGGGGCGGGUGCUUUUAUAUCCGAGAAAUGUAUGCGUAUUGCAUUUGGAACAGUCCAAUGUGCAGUAUAA